GGUCCGAGUAUGAUACCCACCAUGGCACCGGACGGGUCGGAUAUUUGGUUGCGUAGAACCUAUACUUGGAGACGGAAAUUGGGCUGGGACGUGCCCUACCGGCGUAACGACCUCGUGGGCUUUGCACAUCCCGAUCAACCCCAACACGUCUCGUGCAAGCGCAUCGUGGGGCUCGCCGGAGAUCAAGCCCGGCGCACCGUCGUUGUGCCACCCGGACACGUUUGGGUGGAAGCAGAUUGUCCCAAUUUUGGGAUUGAUUCGAGACACUUUGGACCCAUUCCGGUAGAAUGGCUCCAGGGCAAGAUCUCCGCACGGGUUUGGCCCUUGUGGCGGGCG